AUGAAUGUGCUGCAUUUCCCAUUCCAGGACCUGCGAUUUGACGUCAUCAAGUAGGCUAUCCGUGAGUUCCAUCAGAAGACAUGUGUCCGGUUCCUUCCCGUGCGCGGAGUACAUCCUUCCUUUGUGGACAUUCGUGAUGAAAUGGGGUGCUCAUCCCAUGUAGGAUACGAUGGAAGAGUGCAUGUUACGAGAUUACAUGAACCUGGCUGCGUGUAACACUCAGGAACAGUCAUGCAUGAACUCAUGCACACGCUCGGAUUCCACCACGAACACGCACGUGCAGACAGAGAUUAGUAUGUUGCUAUAAACUGGACCAACAUUAUUCCUGGUCACGAACGGAACUUCGAUAAGCUACCUAAAGCGUUGUCCGAUGUUGUUUAGUUUGGCUUGCCAUAUGAUUACGAGAGUGUAAUGCAUUACGCACCGUACGCCUUCGCUUAAGAUCCGACCUGGCCAACUAUAACGGCAUUUAAUGGCAAUUCGAAGAUGGGACAAAGAGUUAGAUUAAGUCCCGUAGAUGUGGCAAGGGUUAACCGCAUGUACGGCUGCACAAAAUACGAUCUGGGAGACUCUUUGGAAGGAGCUCAACCGUUUUCCCUCGUAAAGAAAAUUUGGAAAAAACUUAAACUUAAAUUGGAAAGUGCUCUCUACGAGCUUGCUGUCUACAACAAAAUGCACAUCGGUAGUGCAAUUAUCGGACGCCUAAAUAUCGGGCGAUGAUAAAUGAGCAUAAAAUCAUAAUGUUAUUUACUUGGAGCAUAAUUACAUUAAUCAUUAUAGAUGGCUGAAUUUACGCUCCAGGACUUCCUUCGCGAUGGACAUGAAGAAUCUGAAUCGAAAUAAUUCAAAACCUGAAAGUUGGUGCCCACUCGCAAAUGGGUUGAAGCUUUUCAUGUUUCCCAGCUUUGAAAAAUAGUGAGCCACUUAGUAUAUUUGUAGAAAAGAGUUUAGAUAUAAAAUGUAUUCCAUUUUUACUUGCUUCACGUUUUGUA